AUGGCUGAUAAAAAUGAGGACGAGGGACCUCAAAAUUGUAAUACAAAUGCAAAUGAAUCUGUGAACAAUUCAAAAAUUAUUGUAAAAGAUGAAGCUAGAGAAGUUAAAAAUAAUGAAAAUGAAAUUGCGAGCCAACCGCAACAACUACAACAGCAGCAGCAGCAACAACAACAACAACCCCAGCCUACUAUGUUUCAGUCUUUCAUAGCAGUUGUCAAAUCAUUAUUUUUGAGAGCCAUAGUAAUAUAUUUCAUAACUUCUUUAAUAAGGAAAAAUACAGCACCUGUAGAUUCAUCUGCUCCAGUUAAAGUUCCUGCAGUUAAUAUUUAUGAUACAGGAACUGUCCUGUCUUUAAAAAAUAAUGGUUCAAUAUACCUUCAUGUUUAUAUUACAAGACAUGGAUAUUUGCCUUAUCCAGAAAAGGGAAAAAAAUAUUCCUGGGAUGAAACAAUUUAUGGUUACAAACAGUUAAAUAAAUUUAGAAGACAAAAAUAUUUGAAAACGCAUAAUCUUCUAACAGGAGAAACAGCUUUGACACCUGAGCAACUUCGUAUAGCCGAAAAGCAAAAAGGAGAAAUUAUUUCCUAUUGGCACCCAAAUUUAACUGUAAAUCUUGUCACAGAUCAUAAUAAAUGGUAUAAAGGAAUGGUACCUAGUCCUUUAGAUGAAUUGAUUGAGUUCUUGCCAGAUGAAACACGUUAUAAGCCUAUUUUAUAUAUGAAUGAUUACUGGAACAUGAUAAGGGAUUAUAAACCGAUCAACAGCACUACAGAUAAAUUAGACCUCAUGAUAACUUUUCAACCUCUCACUCUGUUUCGUUGGCAAUUGUAUUCGUCUCAAGGCAUUAGAAAUAAAUGGACGAAUUUAGAAAUGUUUGGAGAUAUAUUCAAUCAUGAAGAAGAUGAGGAAGAUCGAGAUCCUUUCAAAGAGGCUCUGUUGGAUACUUCUCCUUAUUUAUUAGGUCUAACAGUAUUUGUUUCAAUUUUUCACAGCGUUUUUGAAUUUUUAGCUUUUAAAAAUGAUAUUCAGUUUUGGAAUAAUAGGAAAUCGUUGGAAGGGCUAUCAGUUAGAUCAGUCUUUUUUAACGUCUUCCACUCACUCAUUGUACUGCUUUAUGUUUUGGAUAAUGAUACGAAUACAAUAGUUAGAAUUAGUUGUUUUGUUGGUUUAGCAAUAGAAGUGUGGAAAAUAAAUAAAGCUAUAGAUAUUAGUAUAAAUAAAGAAUUAAAAUUAUUCGGAAUUUUUCCAACAAUAAAUUUCAAAGACAAAGGGUCUUAUAUUGAAUCAAGCACUAGGGAAUACGAUAUAUUAGCAUUUAAAUAUUUGUCAAGAGCUAUUUAUCCGCUACUAAUUUGCUAUGGAAUUUAUUCGUUAAUAUAUCAAGAACACAAAGGAUGGUAUUCGUGGAUUUUGUCGAUGCUUUAUGGAUUUUUAUUAACUUUUGGGUUUAUCAUGAUGACUCCACAACUUUUUAUUAACUACAAAUUAAAAUCCGUAGCUCAUUUGCCGUGGAGAAUGAUGACUUAUAAAGCACUAAACACAUUUAUUGAUGAUAUGUUCGCUUUUGUUAUCAAAAUGCCUACUAUGUAUCGGUUAGGGUGUUUUAGAGACGAUAUUAUUUUUUUUAUUUUUUUAUAUCAAAAGUUUAUAUAUAAAACAGAUCCUAGUAGAGUAAAUGAAUUCGGUUUUUCUGCUGAUAUGGAAGAAAGUACUAAGCAGGUACCUAAAAUUGAAAAUGGAGAAGUUAGUUCGUCCGAAAAAAAUAGCAUCCAGAAAAAGAAAGAUUAA